AUGAUAUUUGAGUUUGAUAUUGAUCAACAGAGGAAAUCUAUCCAAUUUGCCUCAACUUACUUAAAGGAUAGACUACAUGAACAUUUUGGUGUUGAUAAGUUCAAACCACGUACUUUGAUUAUCUGUGGUUCAGGUUUAGGUGGUAUUUCAAAUAGAAUAUCAAAGGAUACUAUCGAACCUUUAAUUAUAUCUUAUGCUGAUAUUCCAGGUUUCAAAGAAAGUACAGUGCCUGGCCAUCAUGGAUCUAUGGUCUUUGGUAUGAUGAACUCAUCUCCAGUUGUCCUGAUGAGUGGUAGAUUACAUGGUUAUGAAGGUCAUAAUCUCUUUGAAACCACUUUCCCAAUAAGGGUUCUUCAUCAUUUAAGCUCAGUAAAGAAUUUGAUUGUUACAAAUGCUGCUGGUGGUGUUAAUCCAGACUUUAAAGUAUGUGAUUUGAUGUGUAUUUAUGAUCAUAUAAAUUUCCCAGGUCUUGCAGGAAACCAUCCAUUAAGAGGUCAAAAUUUUGAUGAAUAUGGUCCAAGAUUUUUAGCAUUAAGUGAUGCUUAUGAUUUAGGCUUAAGGAAACUUUUAUUCAAGAAACAAAAAGAAUUGGGUAUUGAAAGACCUAUACAUGAAGGUACUUAUACCUUUGUUUCUGGUCCAACUUUCGAAUCUAGGGCUGAAAUCCGUAUGAUGCGUGUCAUUGGCGGUGACGCUGUCGGUAUGAGCACUGUUCCUGAGGUUAUUGUCGCUAGACAUUGUGGUUGGAAAGUAUUGGCAAUAAGUCUAAUCACAAAUGAAUGUGUAUCAUCUUUACCUGCUAGUGCUCAUGAUCCAAAUCCUGUCCCGAUUGACAAUGGUAAAGCCACUCAUGAUGAAGUCCUAGAAAAUGGUAAAAAAGCAUCACUAGAUGUUGAAAGACUAGUUGAAGGUAUCGUUGGUGAACUUUAA